UACUCUCCCCUGCCGAAUUAAACGAAUAACUUCAAUUAAAUUGCCUAAAAAUCAAUGCCGGUGAUAUUUUCCAAAAUGACGCUGUUGCCACAUAACAUAACGGCUAAGCAACGGCGUCAAAUAAACUUGUCCCUUUACUCUGAUUUUUCAUUGCGAAUUGUCAUUACCGUUAUCCUACCUGUUAUUUGCACAUUUCUUUUCUUCUCCUGUACAAUAUUAAAUCCAUGUCAAUCCUUUAUUCAUAUUCUCUUUUUUAAAUACGAUUGAGUUAUUGCUCCAUUGGUAUGCAUUAAAGUCAAAGCCGGCGAUUUAUUGCCAAAUGCCGCUACCUUCACAUUACAUAUCGUGUGAGCAACGCCGUCAAGUAAGCUCGCUACCUUACUCUACGUUGUUAUUGUGAAUGGUCGUCACCGUUACGCAUACUAAACACCUGUUUUUGUUGCAGAUCUCUUUUCCUCUUCCUUUUGAAUUAAAGAAAAAAAGAAAUGAUGAAUUAAAACAUUUAAAGUCAAAUCAUUAAAGAGAGAGAGGUAAUAAAGAAAGCUUCAUUAGCUGACAAUGAUGAUGACAAAGAUUACAUAUCCGUUGACAGUCUGCUUCUUUAUUUACUUUUCACAUAGAGCUUUGCAAUGCUGGCUGGCAGCCGGGGCUGGUGGUGAAUCCCUACAAAAGUCAUUAAUCUUCCUUGGCAAAACUUGCCGGGAUGUUUGUUUAUACGUUGGUAGCUUGCUUGCCUGUUGGCUUGGUCAAAUGUGGCAAUGGGUGGAGUGAUGUGUGUACGUGUGUUUUGACACAAGCAAAGUGCAUUGCCUGCUUGCAAGACUUGACAUGCUGAAGCGUAUGUGGCAAUGUGUGUGAAGGCAAAAACAAAUAAGAAAAAAACGGUACUAUUUAAGAAUACCUUGGAGAUUAUUGUUUAACUUUCCUUCUUUUAUACGUUAUUUUUUCAUUGUCAACAUUAUCGCGUCAUUCGUCCUAAAGUCAUCAUCAUCAUCAGACCCAUCGUCAUCAGAAUAUUUACUCUAAGUGCGUGGUAGAUAAGUACGUACGUACUCCUAUAAUGAUUAAUAACAUUGAAGUGUUAAUCAACUCUUGGUUGAGAGACCUAAUAUUAUGGGGUCCUAAUAUGGAAAUUUAUAUAACAAGAAAUGACAUGUUGACGAUGACAGGUGCUGCUGCUGUUGGUAGCGGUAUUGUAAAUCUCUUGGGAGCCACUGGUGACAACAUAUGUUUAAGCAAUUUCAACACAGAUGUUUUCACAAUGGUGGAGGGUCGACAGGCGGCGGCGCCAUCAACAUCUGUGAUGGAGAGGUUAGUUUAUGGCAACCGAAGCAAUCGCAAACGCAUGGCAAUAUUACUUUAUGUUAUGGCCGAAAUACAUGACCUCUUGUUGAGACACAGCAGUUGCACAUAUCGUGAGCUGUACUAUAGAAAUAUUUACUUGCCAUGUAAUGUGUGGCAAAUCAACAAGGCCGUGGAAGAUGUUGCUUCAGUGCUGGGGCAAACGCCAUGGAAUAUGGGGGUUUUUGGUACAGGCAAGGGUAUGAUUGCAGGCCCAUUAUUUAUUCACAUGAACAAUGGUGAUAUUAUAGAAUGUAACAAAACUAACACACCCACAAUGAUUCCACCUCAAUUCACACACAUUGAUCAUUUCGAGACAACGGCCCACUUGGUUUUGGUCGUGGAAAAGGAUACAAUUUUCAAGAAACUAAUUGCCAAUAAUAUUUUCUCCAUAAUGCAAGGCAAACUAAUACUGCUGACAGCCCGUGGCAAUCCCGACUUAUCCACACGUUGGCUCUUAAGCAAACUUGUCAAUGAACAUAAUCUUCCAAUUUAUAUGUUAGCCGAUGCCGAUCCCUAUGGCAUUGAAAUCAUGCUUACAUAUCGUUUUGGUUCGAAAAAAUAUAGUCAGUAUGCUCACCAGCUGGCCACACCACAACUUAAAUGGUUGGGUAUACAUCCAUCGGAUAUUACGUAUAAUCUACAAAUACCCCAGGAGAUAUUAUCCGAAAUGGAUUAUCGGAAAAUUAACUCCGUAAUGAGGCGAAACUAUAUUCCCGAAGAGAUAUGCCGGGAAUUGAUGGUACUCCAGCAGCAUGGCUUUAAGGCCAAGUUGGAUAAUAUGUCAGGGCAAAAUUUUGCUUUGUUUAUCAAUGAUUAUAUUAUUAAUAAAAUCAAGCGACAGGUUGUUUUGUAAAGGAUUUUUUUUGUACAUGUAAGGAAUUUUAAUAUAAGAUAUUCAUGAUUAAGUCA